GUGAUCGAGCAACAGUCAUCCAAGCACCAAAAUGGGCUCCUCUUCCGGUUCAGUGCAUCACCUGUUGAUGCUGGGAAUCAUCCUCCUGGCCACCAAUCCACUUGGGGUCCAUGCAAGAAAACUUAGGAUCCACAAGCUGGAGAAAUUGGCCCAGGAAGAAGAUUAUCUGCACAGCCGCCUGCGCAUUGCUGAGUUUCAGGAAAAUGUGCUGAAAGUAAACUGGGAUCUCAAUCUCCGUUAUCAACUCGACAACGAUUGGAUGGUGGAAUUUAAGGUGUCACGAUCCGUGGAUGGCGAUGGCAGCUAUGAGAGGAUAAUGUUGUUCGAAGUGCAGCUUUGCGACUUUAUGAAGACCUACUACAAGGACUUCUUCUACCAACGUAUCAAGGAAUAUUCGAAUGCCCCACAUCCGAACACCUGUCCUUUGCCAAAAGAACAAUACCGUCUGGAGGACUAUCCGCUGGACGUUCGUGUGCUAAAGAAACUAAUGACUCCUGGACACUACCGUAUAAAGUACAAACUUAGAAACGACGAAUCAGUCAUAUUAUCUUAUAUGGCCGAGGUGGAAUUGGAAUAGCGAAUUCGGAGUUGUGCUGUAUAUGUUCACUUUAUUGCAGAAAAAUAAACCUACUCGUGGGAUCGCAUCUGCUUUAA